CCGCCCGCCGGCCCAGCGCCAGGCUCCCAGCAGGGCGCCCAGCGCCAGCAGUGCCGCCGCCCCCCACAGCCAGCCCGGCCGCGCCGCCCGCAGCGACAUCCCCAGCGGCCCCCGCGCCCCGCUCAUGGCGACUGGGCCCCGCAGGCAGCGGCGCGGCGCCUGACGGGGCCGGGGCAGGGGCCGGGGGUGGGGGCGGGCCGAGGGCCGGCGGCCGCCCCCGUCAGGCCACGCCGCCGCUGGCGCUUCACGGACCCGGCUGCUGGCGGCCUGCGGGGCUUUACACCGGCACCUGCCCCCGUCCCAGGCCGAGGCCGCUGCGGGUCCAAGGGCUUUGUUGGAAGAACCGUAUCCUGGGCUGCAUCAAAAGCAGCGUGGCCAGCAGGUCGAGGGGGGUGAUUCUGCCCCUCUGCUUCGCUCUGGCAAAGCAAGAGCCUUGGCUGUUGAUUUCUCCCAGCUCCCCCAUUCAGGCUGGCAUGGAUCUGAAGGCUGGACUUACAAACUGAAAUUUCUAGGAUCAGCAUGUCAAGACCAAUGUCCCAGCAGGCAGAGGAUGGGGAAGCUCAGUGUUGGGCAUUUCUGAGAGAUUCAGACAGCCUGGCCAUGAUGGAUGACUAUUACAUCAACAGCAUCCUGGUGGACAGGAACACUGAAGUUGUGGCUAUCGUGGGCCUCUCUGACAACAAGUGCAUGUGGGAGGCCAAGCCAGGAAGACUCCUCGCAGCCAUCUUGCCUCAAGAAGCAGCCUUGAUCACGGGCCAGGACUGGUAAACGUUCCUGCUAACAAGAAUCACCGUAACUGGCAAAAAGUGCAGUGUGAUUUGUGACAACCUGCUGGUAGAUGAAGACAACAUGAUGGAUGUCAGAAGCAACGGCAGUGACAGCAGAUUCAUCUGUAUUGGCAAGACCCCCAAAGCCCUGAUCUUCCUCAUAGGCAAGAAAGGAGUCCAUGGAGGAGCCCUCAACCAAAAGGUCCCUGAUAUGAUUGCAGGCAUGAAAGUGUGAAGCAAAUAGUGCCAAAGACACAGACAUCUGCCUGAGCACAGGGGCACAGUCGUUGCUGAAGCAGAGAAGGGAAGCAAACCUGAUUUUGUUGCACA